AUGGACGUCGACGCGUCUGCUCCUUUCUUGACACUGUCGCCGCCCGCUCGUCCGCACUCUGCCCCCGCCGCACCCGUCUUGUCGCGUCCACAGCAAUUUUCAUGGAACUCGACCGACGCCGCUCACCUGGGUCCUUCACGCAUCACAAUCACUCGUCUCUAUCAACGCGCCCCAAAAGCCCCAUAUCAUCACUUGCAGUCACAAUUGCGUUUUGCCCAACUCACUGCCCCAAAGUCGCCUGGUCCCCAGAAGAAGAAACGCUGUGUUAACCUCGAUGCUGGUCCGAACCCCUUUCACCCUCAAGACUCCUUCUCUGAUCCGAGUGACGCUGAGGAUGCAGAGCCUGUAAUCCUCCAGGACUUGCGCUCAUCGUCAGCUCCUCCGGAAGACACCAACACCCCCGAACCUGUUCCCAAACCUAGAAUUUCAGACGAUACCGCUAUCCUCCAUGCCUUCCUCAGCCGCGCCGCUGCAAGCAAACGACCUAUGGCCGCCCACAAACGCGAAUCGCUCGAGAACCGCAGAGACUCGGAUGUCGUGCGCCAUGCCCUUGCUUCCGCCGACAAGUCCGAAGUCUUGACCGAUCUUGACCCGAACAGUCCUCCAAAGCAACCUUCAGAUGACACCAAGCAAGAACCCGAGCCUACAAAGGAGGAACCUACCGUUGAGUUGCCGGCGUCGACACCGACAAAAUCCAAGGCACCGAGAAGGACGACGCGUACCCGCACACCAGCUGCCGCUCCGAAAAAGCCAGCCAAGAUCGCCAUUAGAAGUGCAGCCGAUCACAUUGCGCUGAAGAGAACGGAAGCACAGGAACUGGCUUUGCUCACGCGAUCCAACACACGCAAGAACAAGGGCAAGAGUAUCAUGCCUCAGGCUAGACUUUUGAACAUUGGAGAAGACAUCGUUUCACUCGAAGAUUCGACGGAAGAACCAGCUGAGACAUUUGCGGCUGAGAAAGAGCAAAGCGACAAACCAACAGCACGCAGAGGUGUGCAGUGGAACGAAACUCUAACCCGCGUACGUGAGUUCGAGUCGGAUUCACCCGACAGUCCGCCAAAAACAAAGGCUCGCACUUCAAGAGUGUCUGCCAGAGCCUUGGAGCCCUUUGUCCCCCUCACAUCUGCCGAGGAGCCCGUCGAAGAAGUGGCCCCAGAAUCUACCGAGAUGGACGUCGAAGCCACAGAGCAAGAAUUGCGACAGGCACUUCAGCUACCAAGCGAACCCACACCGCGUGCCAAACCAGUGUCUAUCAAGCGAAAGUCUCGAAUCGCGACUCCUGCACGUUCUUCCAAACUCGGGGUUCCAAAGCCAGUAUCCACAGCCCCACCACUAGCACCCACAAUACCUGCACCACAGCCCUCUGAACCUCUGACCACCAGCCUGGGAACGCCGAAAAAGCCAUCUACUCCAUUCACCGCACUCAAACCUCUAUCUCUGUCUGCUAGACUCGAGUUUGCUCCGCCAAAGAACGAUGUAGCAAGUUCAACAGUUGCUCACACGUCUUCUCUGCCCGGCUUGUCUAGCCCCGCAAAGAAGCGAGUCAAGACCACGCUGGGCAGGUCCGCGGUGAGGUCGGCAACGGGACAAAAGGACAGUAGCGAGUUGCCGGGUUUGACAUCUCCGGCGAAGAGGAAAAGAGCUGGUGUCAAGUUCUCUUAG